AUGUCUGCCAACUUCACCAUCGUUACUGCCCAGGAUGCCUGCCCUCCUGCUGGCCCUUACUCCCAAGCCAUCCGCGCCAACGGCACAAUCUACGUCUCCGGCCAAAUCCCCGCCGACGCCUCCGGAAACCUCGUCGAAGGCAACAUCGGCACUCUGACCCAAGCCUGCUGCAACAACAUCCAGGCCAUCGUCACCGCUGCCGGAUCCAGCGUUGGCAAGAUCGUUAAGGUUAAUGUCUUCCUUACCGAUAUGGCCAACUUCGCUGAAAUGAACGCUACCUAUGAGAAGUUCUUCACUCACAAGCCUGCUCGUAGCUGUGUUGCUGUUAAGCAGUUGCCUAAGGGUGUUCCUGUUGAGAUUGAGUGUAUUGCUCUGGAGUAA